AAACAUUAAUAUUUAUUUUUCAAUCUCAAUCGAAUUUACACCUGAAAUAUGUGAAUUCUAUCUAUAAACCUAACUCGGAUUUGGCUCGGGAUCAACUGGUGACACGGUCUAUAUUCUAUGUUGACAAAAAAAUAUCGAACAGAAAAUAUUAUAAAAAAAGUGUUAAAUCAUUAUUUGGGGCUUGAAUUUGGUAACUUUUCCUAUAUUAUGGUUUGAAAUUUUUUUUGUUCAAGUUAGGUCCUAAACUUGGCAAUUGUUCCUACAUUGGGACUUGAAUUUGACAACUUUUCCCACACUGGAGCCUGAAUUUGACAAUUGUUCUCAUAAUAAAGCUUGAAUUUUAGGGCUUUCAAGGACUAACUUGGAUAAAAAAAUUGAAGUCUCAAUGUGAGAGCAUUUGUCAAGUUUAAGGUCUAACUUGUACAAAAAGAAUUCAGGGCACAAUGUGAAAAAAAUUACUAAAUUUAAGUCUCAAAAUGUGAUUUAACCAAAAAAAAAAUUGGUGGUAAAAUCUAAGAAACGAAUCAAUGGUUGGUGGCGAGGCAAAUCCUCAUCCCUCAAAGGCACCGGACCCAAGUGUUGGUAGAAAGUUACCUAAAGAACUUCACUUCAAAUUUUAAUAAAUAUAAUUGCAUUUCUUUAUGGAGUAAUUACAAAACAAUUACAUUAUUGAACCACAAACAAAAUUGGAAAACAAUACAUUGGAGAUGCAGCCGGUUGUACUUGCUGCAUUCCCCAACUGCUGCUGCUAUCCCCUUCCCAUCCACUUUCUUCAUUUCAAUUUCGACCACAAACCCAUCAAUCUUUCCUUCCCCAGGACCCAAUCACAGUUCAAAACCCUCUGUUCUUUAGCCCUCCCUACUACAACAACCCACGACUUCAGCACACCCCAGCAAGAGGACCCUAAUAGAACCAACAGCUACACAUACCCAGAUCAGAAAUCCACUUUUCUCCAACAAUUUUACUCUUCCGUCAGCCAAAAAACAGUAAACAAUCAAGACCCAGAUCCAGAAAACGAAGAAAAAGAAGAGGAUAAACAUCCUAAAAAGACUAAGUUCUUGGGUUUUCUAAGGGUCAUUUUCACAAACAUGUGGUGGACGGAUUUGAAAGCGGCUGUGGGACAAAGAAUCAAUGUUGAAGGCCUUGUGUUUUCGGUUCGAGUGUUCGUGAAAGAUCGUCACUUGGCGUUGCCGCAUGUUGCAGUGCGUGAUAUAAGGUGCAUUAAUUGGUCUGAGCUUCGUAGAAGAGGGUUUAAAGGUGUCGUCUUCGAUAAGGAUAAUACGAUUACUGUUCCUUAUUCUUUGACGCUUUGGCCUCCUCUCCGUCCUUCUAUCGAGCAGUGCAAAGAUGUUUUUGGCCCUGAUAUCGCCGUCUUUAGUAACUCUGCAGGUCUUUUAGAGUAUGAUUAUGAUGGUUCAAAGGCGAAGAAACUGGAAGGGACUAUUGGGAUUAAAGUAAUAAGGCACAAGGUGAAGAAACCAGCUGGAACAGCUGAAGAAAUUGAGAAACACUUUGGAUAUAAGUCGUCACAACUUAUCAUGGUGGGUGAUCGGCCCUUUACAGAUGUUGUUUAUGGAAACCGAAAUGGAUUUUUGACCAUAUUAACUGAACCUUUAAGUGUUGUUGAGGAGCCAUUCAUUGUUAGGCAGGUGCGGAAACUAGAACUGACCCUUGUAAAUUGGUGGUUUAGAAGGGGUUUGAAGCCAGUUAGUCAUAAAUUAGUAUCGGAUGCCACACAGUGUGUGAAAGAUCCACAUCCCCUGUAAGAAUGUCGUGGAUUGGAUACUAGUGGAAGUAAUUGUUUAUGUAGCUGAUGACAAAUUUUUUAGUCAUGAUUAUUUGCUUUUGCCAACCAUCUGAAUUCAUUAAUUCUUUCAUUUAGUACAUCAUAACACAUUAACUGUUAUAUUGUAUGUUAAUAGUUCCCCUCUAAAAA